UAAUAUCCGCGGAGGCUAGGCCCAGUGCAGUGCUCGUACCAGAGUUCGGAAGCUUUGGCGCGAACCGGGUGGCUCGCCGGCAGCCCCACAAAACGAUUCUGAGCCCUUGGAGUGCUGCUUCUGAGGCCGCGGGCCCCUCAACUGGACGAGGGAGCCCCUGCUGCACCCCUGCUCCCAAGCCUUGACUCAUGGAGUCUACGUUCUGCAGCCCGGCGGAGGCAGUCCUGCAGCGGGAGACAGGCAUCCCGGAGCAGCUCACUCCACUCGCUGACCUCGACCGAGUGUACGAGCUGGAGCGAGUCGUUGGAUUUGUCCGUGACCUAGAGUGUCAGCGGGUGGCCUUGCAGUUCUCUGACCGCCUAUUAGGAGAUGCAGGGGCCAUGGCUGCACGACUGGAGGAGACUACAGGGUCGAAGAUGUUUAUUUUAGGGGACACGGCUUAUGGCAGCUGCUGUGUGGAUGUGCUGGGUGCUGAGCAAGCUGGAGCUGAGGCCCUUGUUCACUUUGGCACUGCCUGUUUAAGUCCCCCGGCCCGCCUGCUGCCCAUCACCUUCAUCCUUGGCCAACGUUGUGUGGCCUUGGAGCUCUGUGCCAAGGCCUUUGAAGUGCAGAACCCAGACCCGACGGCACCUGUGGUGCUGCUGGGUGAACCAGCCUGUGCCCAUGCCCUGGAGGCCUUGGCCACUCGCCUGCGCCCUAAGUACCAGGACCUGCUUGUCUCCAGCCCAGCUCUUCCCAAGCUAUCAGGGUCCCCCAGUCCAGAGACCAAGCUCCUGGAGCGUUUUGGGCGUUACUUCCCCCUAGCCCCAGGGAGAUGUCUGGAAGAAUAUGGUGCCUUUUAUGUGGGGAGCUCUUCUAAGUCUAGUUCUGACUCUGACCUUGACCCAGACCUGAGCAGGCUGCUCUUGGGGUGGGCACCAGGAAAGCCUUUUUUCUCCUGCUGUCCAGACACAGGACAGACUCAGGAUGAGGGUGUUCGGGCUGGGCGGCUAAGGGCACGAAGAUGGUAUUUGGUAGAGAGGGCCAGAGAUGCCCAUGUGGUAGGGCUAUUGGUGGGCACAUUGGGUGUGGCCCGACACUGUGAGGCACUGGCACACUUACGGAAGCUAUCUCAGGCUGCUGGCAAACGUAGCUAUGUGUUGGCUGUGGGACAACCAACCCCUGCGAAGCUUGCCAACUUUCCUGAGAUGGAUGUCUUUGUGUUAUUGGCCUGUCCCCUGGGUGCUCUAGCCCCAAAGCCUUCUGGUAGCUUCUUCCGGCCUGUACUGACACCAUGUGAGUUAGAGGCUGCCUGCAACCCUGCCUGGCCACCUCCAGGCCUGGCUCCCUACCUUACACAUUAUGCGGACUUGUUGCCUGGAUCCCCCUUCCAUGUGCCCCUCCCACUGCCUGAGUCAGAGCUGUGGGAUGCCCCAGAUGUGUCCCUCAUUUCUGGAGAGCUCCGACCUCCACUUGGCUGGAGGCCUCUGAAUGAUCCUGGAUGCUCUGCACUGACCCCGCGGCCCCAGAUGGAACUUGUUGAGAGCAGCCCUGCAGCCUCAUUCCUUAGUUCCCGGAGCUGGAAGGGACUGGAGCCCCGUCUGGGUCAGACACUGGUGACAGAAGCUGUGAGUGGAAGACGAGGGAUUGCUAUUGCAUAUGAAGAUGAGGGGAGCAGCUGAUACAGAAGAAAGCCAAAGACACGGAUUUAGAAGUCAUCACUAGAAACUUUAAUGCUCCCAGGAUAGACUUAUCAUCCUAUCAUGACCUUUGAAAGAGAGGGCAAGCCAGGCAAGCCACCGAAGAUCACAUCAUGCCUGUCUUCUGGCACUGGCACCAGGCCCACCACAUACUGGCCUAGUAAAUGUCUAUUGCUUGACUGAUGGAGGAAAGGGUUUAGGGACUUUCUUGAGACCUUCUAGGUCCAUCUGUCCUUGGAGAAGCCCAAGACCAGUGGCCAGUCCUAGUUCUUAAUCUGCAUUUGAGGGUUUGCUCUUAUCAAAGGGCAGGUGCUAGAUCAUCCAGACCAGGUUUCUCAAUGUCAACACUGCUGCCAUUUUGGAUCAGAUAAUUCUUUGUUGUGGAGACUGACCUGUGUAAGGCAGGAUGUUUAGCAGUAACCCUGGACUCUGCCCACCAGACAUCAGAAGUACCCUCCCCUAGUUAUGAUAACCAAAAAUGUUUUUAGACAUUGGCAAAUGUCCCUUGUAGGGGCAUAACUGCUCCUAGUUGAAAACCACUGAUCUAGACCUACACUGCCCAGGACAGUAGCCACCAGACAUAUAUUUAAAUUUAAAUUAAUGGACAGGGAUAUAGCUCAGCAGCUAUGGCAAAUGUGAGGUCCUGAGUUUGAGUCAUAAUACCAAAAUAAUAAUGAUAUUUAUAUUAAAAGCUCAGUUUCUCAGUCACACUGAUUUUAAGUAGUUGUAUAGAUGCAUGGGAACGCAGCUACAGGACAUUUUGAGCAGUGCAAGCAGUUCUGUUGGAUGCUGCUGGCCAGAUUUGUUUCUCAAGAUACAGAAAUUCAA